AUUGGUGCCCUGGUGUCGUGUAUAGGCAUAGAGGGAAUACAUUUAAUAAGCUCCUAAGCAGACUUCUCUCCAGUUUGUAUUCAUUUACAUGAAACAGGUUCUAGAGCCAAAUAGUAGUAAAGCUAAUAUACUUAAUCUCUGGUGUGUAGGAGGAAGGAAAAUGAUUGUACCUUUUACUCUCUGCAAAUACACUAAUACCUUGGGGGGUUCUUCCAGGCCCAGGUAACAAGUGGAGGUGCCUGUCCCAGAUACACUUUUUUAGCUUCCAAGGUUGUACAUCACAGCUCCUUGAUACCCAACUAAAGCUCCUGAAUUGCUGCUUUUAUUUCAGUGAACUCAGAAGAUCUGGUGAUACUGCUUUAGUAAUAUUUACCUGCUAAUAGAGCUAGCUGGAAGUACUGGAUUUUCUAGGUCAUGUGUUUCUCAUCUGUAAAAUGAGAGAUUGUGUAGGCAGUCAUUUAAAAGAUAUGUUCAAAGUAUGGGCCUCAGUUCAUUUUCAUCAGAAACAACUGGACUGUUUCCUAAAAAUGCAAAUUCCAGGGUCAGUUUGGGCAUAUUUUUGAGCUGGAGGUGAUUCUUACAAAAUUGAAGUUUGAAAAUCAUUGUUUUAAGUUCUUUUGUGUGCUCUAACUUUCUCUACCUCUAACUCUACAGUUGGUGUUCUAAAGUGCAAAUGCAGGUAAGUUGUUGGUACUUGUAAAGAAAUAAAUUCUCAAGUGUGAGGACAUCUGCUGAAGUGUAUGAUGAACAUUGUAGCAGCUCUCUCUGUUGUGUGGAACCCACUGAGGUGCUGUUUUCUCUGUGGCUUUAACAUGUCAUAGCACCAUGUUAUCUGGUGUUCAGAUCAUAUUCCUCAUCCUGGUUUUAUUUAAUUCUCAUUGCAAUUUUGUAUAGGUGAAAGGGUUAUUGGGAAAAGAGUUCUAAGGAGGAACCUCUUGUGGCUUACUCAAACCCCACUUUUGGUUGGGAAACUGGAUUGAAUUGUUUUUCCUAUCACCUUAGCUCUAAUGAAAGUGCUCUAAAGAAUAUAACUGUAUGUAUGUUUAAGUGUGCAAGAUAGAUAACCAUACUACUAAGUUUUUGUUAAUUUACCAAACAGAAUAGUUUGUACUAUCAUUGUUUCAUUGUCUACUUUUUAUGCUUCGAUUUUUUAACUUGAACAACUAAUUCUAAGAUAACAAUAUGUAAUUUAUCAACUAGUGGUUUCUUACUGUUAUUUUUUUUGAAUUCUGUGUUAUUUCUACCCUUUUUUCUGCCCCCCCCCCAAAAAAAAAAGUUUAACAAGCCAUUCUGAGUGUGAAGAGACUUGGUUAUGAAGACUGCUAAAACUGAGUUUCACAAGUCAUCUGGAGUAUCUAUCAGAUAUUCUUGUGUUGGACUUUAUGCUUGCAUCUAAGCCUCAGGGUUAACAUACAAGCUGAAAAGGUGUCUAUGAAAACAAAUACUUGCAAAUUAGAUUUACCAUGUUCCAUGUUAGAUACGAACAAAGAGCUGUGGGGGAAAAGAAAAGAGGGCAUUAUAAUCUUAAAUGGAGUAGGUUUACGGAGAUAGUCUAUAUCCAAAUUUAGGAUGACAUGUUAGUUGCAAAGGAAGUCGGGAAUGUGGAGGAGGAGUGAUGAUUACAGUGACCUCUAUAUUCCUGAUUCUGUGAAUCUGACCUUGUAAAUGUGCUCUGAGGGAUGGUUAUGUUUUAUGGCUUUUAAAUGUACUUCACGGUGUUUAAAAUAGGUUUAGGAAGCAUGAAACUAAGCAUUGAUUCACAAACUCCAGUAAGAGAGUUGCAGCAAAUGAUUCUUUUUUCUUGUUAGCAUAAAGGUUUAAAAAAUGCAGCUAAAAAGGCUUUAAAAUGGUUAUAGUGUAAAAUGCUUAGACUUUUUUUUUUAUCGGUACCUGUUUGCAAGGCAAGUGCUGAUGCCUCUGAGCUAAAUCCCCAGCCCGAGAUUCUUAUUGCUUUAUAAUUUUUAUGGUCCUCGUGGAGUAGGUCAGAGGAUUACAUUAAAAUAUAAUAGCUAAGUAAAAGAACAAUUCUUAGGUUGUUUUCAUAAAUCUAAGUUUCAUUUUACUUAAUGUGAAGAUGCUAUAUUAGGGUAUUAUAGAACAACCUGUCUUAAUCCAUUGACACCACCAAAUAGUUCCCUAUGUUCCCUAUCUGGUUUAUGUAUUUCUCAUGAAAUCUGUCUUUUAGAUAGACCAAUCUAAUCAUAAUUCAGGAAGGUGCAUACUCUGUUUACAUGAGACGACACUUGGGAGUGUGCCACUAUUCCAAGAACUAUUCCAGGUAGAAUACUUCUUGCUAUUCCAACAGUCAGAAAUCUAGAUUAAAACCAGGCAUGCUAACAGUAUAGUAGCUCUAAAGAUGAUAAGUGGUGUGUAUAAUCGGGUCCUUGUAAGUUGCAAACUAAGAAAGCCAGAGUUGCUUAUUUUUUUUUUUUUUUCUUUUGGUUCUAAAGAUCACUAUAUAUGAGUCUGUGGCUUUUGAUCUUACCGCAAAGCAUAGUUGAAGGGUCACAAAAAUAGGCUAAAUCUCUAAAUUUAGUUUUUUUGUGUGUUAAUGCAUUUUAGUUUUCUGUGUGUGCUAAGGGAUUUUAAUGGAAGUCAUUUUAAUGUACAGUUAUUUUGGUGGGCAUAAUGCACUCAACUAGUGGUUUGAUUGAAAAUUGCAAGUAAGAAUCAGCUGAUUUAAAAUUAGCACGGCCAGGACUUACCAAGGUUGUCAAAUUAAGAGCUUCUAGGAAUUGGGACAAAUAUAGUUCUAGUUCUUGUUCUAAUAAGUGGCCAUGGUUACCCAACAUGGUGCUAUAGAAAGAGAUGACAAAUCAAGAGUAAAUUCUGUUUUUCCUCUCAAUGGCCCAUGUGCUUGAAGUCAUUACUUUAGAUGACUGUUCUUGUUCAUUGCAUUCAAAACUUUUAUUGCUUCUGAAUAUAAUACAUUCACAUUGUUGGGUAAUAGCAGUUAUCACAAGGGAAAUACACACCCACAAUUUUGAAAUAACGUUUGCUUUAAUUGAAAAUUAUAAAAGGAAUUUAUGCUGCUCGUUAUAUUCUAAAUAAAAAGCCAAAAUUGGCCAUCACUUCUCCUAUGUUCCUUUGUCUCUGAUGGAAUAGAACUCUAAAGUCAUUGUGCUGUCUGAUAUAUGUGUAAUGUUACAGCUCUCUAAAGUUUAUUAAUGGCAGUAAAAAAUGGAUCAAAGCUGUGAGAAAGAUCUAAAGCAAGUGAGUUUGUUUAACGUCAGAGCACAACCCAUAACAGAGUUCCUGGUUUGCAAGUGGGUAUUUUUACAUAGUUUGCAGAUAAUGAUUUUCAGCUUUUCUACAAUAAGAUAAGAAAACUUCAGUAAGUGGGAGGAAGUUUCUCACCUCCAGUCUUGCCACUUUAGUCUCUUUUAAGCUAUGGUUGUGUAACCUUCUUUUCUUUAAAUUCUUCUAUUUUCAGUGAAUUGUUUUCCACUUCCUGUUUUGUGAAGGCCUCACUUGCAAUUCGUAGCAUGAGUUUCUGCUGUUGAAGAAAUGUGAGAGGGGAGUUUUUACCAGGAAUGAGAUCAAGGGUGACCAAAGAAGCUGUGUGUGCUCCUCCGUCACGCGUGACCCACAGAGAUCAGGAAUGGUAUGAUGCUGAAAUUGCCAGAAAACUUCAGGAAGAAGAAAUUUUGGCUACCCAGGAGGACAUGAGAGCAGCCCAAGUAGCCCAGGAUGAAGAAAUUGCUCGACUUCUAAUGGCUGAAGAAAAGAAAGCUUACAAGAAAGCCAAAGAGCGGGAGAAGACAUCUGUAGACAAAAAGCAUGACCCAGAGUGCAAGUCAAAAACUGCUAAGCCAGCCCACUCCAAAUCAAAAGAAAGCAGUGAGGCUCACCGCUGGAGGACCGACCGGCCAGCACGGCCGCCACCAGGUGCCCAGAUGGAAGCUGAGGAUCUGAACGGCCCUCACUUUACAAACCAGCAUAGUUCCUCACGUCACUGUGCAAAGUCAGAGUCCUCUCAUAAAGGUUUUCACUACAAGCAGUAAAAAUUGGGAAAUCUGCCUUGAAACAGACUCAUUGUAGGAGAUAUUACUGGAUGAUACAGAAUGCAUUCCACAUUUUUCCCCUCCAGUGUUUGUAUUACUGGGAUUUAUUUUCCAAUGUUUUUCUCACUAUAAAUAAUUUCAAUUCAUUUUAAUGUUUUCGCUAUUCUGAUCACUUGGGCAGUAUAAGAAAACAUAGCUUCUGAAUAUUGGCCACCCCUACACCAUACACUUCUUGGGAUAUGGCAUCCAACAACUCUGUAAAAUGCCAUUUUGUUAGCUGUGGAAUAUGGAUCUCUAGGGACUAGAUUUAUCUGGCAAUCAAAUUGUGUAGAGAUGAGUUAUCAAAGUAAAAUACAACAUGUAGGUGCAACACAGUAAAAGAAUAUAAGAAAGAGCUUUAUAGGUAUACUAAUAUAUGUUAUUUUGAAGGCCAGUGCCUUUAUUUUACAUUCUUUUAAGGAAAAGACAAAAGUUAGAACCAAUAUGUGUUUUAAAAAGAGACAGCUGGAGCAGUUGAAAUAUGUUACUCUGAAUGCGUGGCCUGCGGUGGUUGUGUAUUCCUGUAAUUCCACAGGAAAAUUGGCCUCGGAACCCUUCUUUAAUCUUCCUGGGCAAUUGCUUUGUGUGUAGCCAGACUUGCUGAAGGCCCUGGUCAGUGGACCAUGAAUGUAGCAGUCAUUGGAAAAACUUCAUUGAAAUAGUACCUCAGGCUAUGCAUAGUCAACUGAAAAUGAGAAACUCUUUAUCUCGUUUUGUAUUUACAUAUAGAUCUAAGACACUAUGAUCCUAUAAGUGAAGAUAUCAAUUUUUCUGACCACAGAUAAAAGUUCUUCCUGGCUAAAAUGGCAUAGGAGUAUUUGUUCAUUGGCAAGCUUCUUUUUGAAGUAGGCAAAAGUGUUUCUUUAUCCAAAUAUGUGAUUCUGCACAUUCGUUGAUAGGCAACAAUAUUUGUUAUAUUCCUUUAAUCCAGCACUUGAACUGCCCUGGACUUUGCUACUGGCCCACAUUAUAUUUCCUCGUACUGGAAGUCCUGUUUAAGCAAUUCGUAAUCAUUUCUAUCUGCUAACUCAUGGAAUUGUGUUUUUGCCCAUGCUGUUCAGUGAACAUAAAUGGCAAUCAGCAAUCAAGAUAUAUAUAUAUAUAAUAUAUUCCUUCAGUUUUAUUUGCUGUUCUUUUCCCUUGUACAGAUCUGACAUUGUUGGCAUUUCAGUAUGACUUUUAGGAAAGAAAUAUAUAGGUGACUAGAGAAAAGGAUGCUAGUUCUCUAUCCUCCCUCUGAAGCUGUCUUCUAUUUGCCUUACCUGACCAGGCUGUCUUUAAAGCUGGGCAAUUGUCAGGAAGCUAUUUAGAAUAGUCUCACAGUUACAUUUGGAUCUCUCAUUUUAAAAAUCUCUUACAUGUUGUUCGUACAGGAACUUGAGUAAAAGGCACUGUAUAGUUAAAUUCUGGGCGAGAUGUAAAAGGGAUGUAGUCAUUUGGGGAAUAUAGAGGAAAGGGGAAAUAGCACUUUGAACAGUUAUGAGAAAACGAAUAUGGGAAAAUCUUCAUUGAAGAAAGAGGAGACAAGGCCAGCAUUAUGUCAAUUACAGAGUGUAAGUUUAAUAUCUAUAAGCCUGUUGACUUAGAGUAGUGCUAUAUUUUUCUUUAUCUGCCCUGUGAUUUUUUUCAUUAUUUAAAUUUUUUUACAGUAACUAAAGAAAAAAUACAGUUGUCCUUUUUAUUUGAUAUCAACUUGGGCAAAUGGGCAACAAUGAUUUGCGAUAUUUUUAUUUUAUAAAUGUUUAUUUUUCUAUUUCACACAGUGAUCAAUUUUUAAAGGUUCUCUGAAUUUUUUUCAUAUAUUUCAAUAUUUAUUAUUUUAAAAUGUUAACUUGACAUAAUUCAGUCAAAAAAUGUCAGAUCACUUAAUACUAGUGUCUCAGCUGUCUUAGUGACCAAAGGUAGUGUUGCCCUUGUGAUAGCCAAUUCAACAUCAGUGUUGAGAAUUUGUUACUUUUUUUAGGCUUUUAAGAGAUAAGAAUUUUAAAAUAUUUUCUUUAUUUUUUUUGAAAAGCACACUUUUUUUAAGAGUAUCAGUAAUUAUUUACAUGUGAACAAGGAGAUAGAAAUUAAUUCUCCCAGUUAUAUCCUCAUUCAUUUUCAUUUCAGAUAAUGUAAAUAUUAUCUUGGAGAAGAUAGGAAUAACAACAACUGUAUUUUAAUGAACUGCCAGACACUUCACUGUGUUCUCUGCUUUUUACUUUUUCAUUUUUAUAUAAAUGUGGAAACAUUUAUUUCAUUCUUGUUCCUGCUUUUGGAACACAGGCAAUUUAAUUUUUAGGCCCAUAAUGUAUUAUACUUAAAUGCUGUAAAGGAAUAGUUGGCCUUGGAAAUGUUUGUGUUGCUAAAUUUCUGUUCUCGCAGGCUAGGCCCACUGACGGUAGUAAUGCUAACUAAGCACAGUAUGUUAUGAACCAUAUCUUGAGGCGUCUUGACUUGUACACUUUCUCCCCUGCCUGAUUGUAAGUCAUUGCUUGGGAAGAGAGCUUAGAUAAGGGUCACGUUCAGUGUUGUGACAGGAAAAAAUUGGCUUCGUUCAAGCCACUGUAAAACCAGCAUUAUUAGGUUGGGAGACUGCACAGUACACUCCUGUGUUUUAAAAUACUGAGAUUUUUUAGAAUGUGAUUUUGUGUAUUGAAGUACUAUUUUUUAAGUGACUUUCCAGCAAGCAGCAGCAUACUAAUGAACUGCAAAAGCAAAACUAAUACUAUGUGGGGAUUUUGAUUGGAGAGAAGCAUCUGAAUUAGGAAAGGUGUGCUCCUGAGGGACAGUCUUGAGAAUGGUGUUAACUGCUUUCACCUAGGUUAGUAUAUUCCAAAAUGUAUGACUUUGAGCCUUUUUCCAUUGAACUCAAGAAAAUUCUGAAUGUGACCCAUUUCUCUCUCUUCUUUUCUGUGGCUGGAGGCUGAACUAGAUGAUGAGUAAAUUAAUUCAUUGUUAAUUAUUCUCUAUCUUUCACAAUCAAAACAUGACAGUAUAAGAAUAGCUUUUAACUGAUAAUUAUUUUUCUUUAAUAGUGUCACAUCUUUUUAUAUCUGUCUUGUGCCAAGUUGGAAAUACCUACUAUAAUAUGGUGCAUUCAAUUUGCCACAUAAGUGGUAACAUUUUCGGGCCUUGAUUUUUAAGUGUUGCCUUUGUAUAAAUAUCACUUAGGGAAAUACCAAGAAGAUAACUGUGGUGAUUGGCUAAGUCUUCAGGCUAGCAAAGGAGUGAGGCCACUGUAUAAAAAGCUGGAAAGACAACAGAAUAGGGGUUGCAGUCAAAGCCUACUUCUUGUUUUGGAAGAUAGUAUUUGUGUAGGGAGCAUUAGCACUGAAAAGGAUCGUAGUUCAUGUAGAUUGCAGUAUACAUAAUGUGCCAUAUUCUGAUAGCAUAGACGUUUUAGAAACAGUUAUAAAAAGUCAGAACUUGGAUUUUUAGUAGCAGUAUGAAGACUUUUCAAGACUUUACAUGCUAUGUCUGUUCCUUAAUGCUCAUAGUCAGCGAAGUGACUCUAAAAUGGUGCCAUUUUCUCCUCAUAUCUGUUGGUGCCUGUGAGUCUUAAAAGCCAUACCUGCUUAUUCUACUGGUGAUAGGGAACUUUUUCUUAGCACAUCAAGAGUUAUCAGGAGAAGAAAAAUAGAGACUCCUGUUAACACUGCAUGGGGCACAUCAUCCAAAUUUUUAUUGCACAGUGCUUUUGUUAUCCAUGGUAAUAUAUAAAGGCUGCUAACACAAAGAACCAGAGGGCUGUUGUUACUCUGGAAUUUAACAACAGUUAGCAGAAGUGCUAAACUUAAUUCUAGAGAAGUCAAGAAGUAAGGAUGAAUUGAGGAAAUGUCAGAUUACAGAGUCACUUUUUUGAUGAGUCCUGCACUUCACACCAGCAGUAUCUGUGAGGAACAGUGUUGCCUUAAAUUAGCUGGACUCUGACUAAGGUCAGUGUACUUCCACUAUGUGAACGACGGCCAAGUCUCUGUUGAAGUUUAAAAUUUACAUUUGAUCCCCAAGCAUCUUUAUUAUCUGAGCUUUGGACCUGUUCUCCCACUGUGCUGUAGCUGAGCUAUGACACUAAUAGACACAUCAUGUCAGUCUCUGGAAUAAGCGGAAGCAUGACCAAAAAGAUUGGAAGAGGAAAGAGAGUUUUCUAACCAGGUCCUUCAUAUCAGGUGAUCACAUUCUGAAGAAUGAGAGUUUACUGACCUCCUUUUUGAUGGCAUCUGUGUGGAGAUAUUUCCAAAGGUUCUGUUGUAUAUUGAAGAUAUUCAGAUGAUUUAAAAGAAUUUAAUCAGUAUCUUUGUGUACCAGAAUGCUUACCAUUAACAAAAAGAUGAGAAAAACAAACAGUACAUAUAUUUAUUUGAAAUGAGAGAUUUGCUCAUGAAAAUGUCCUAUUUUUUUAAGAGAAAAUUGGGAAAGCUUACUUUAUUAGAGAUGACACCAGAGUGGUUUUAAUACAUUUUGUUUAAUGCCACACAGUGACACAAUCAUGUAAGUAAUCAUGUUGAUUGUGGAAAUAACCGGCCUUAAAAACCAUUCCCUCGUUCAUUCCUACGAAGUUGAGAACAUGCGAAGAUGUUCUAUUGAUUUAAUAUAGUUUACAAUAGAUUUCUCAAUAGAUUUAAUAUAGUUGUAUGUAUUAUGUUUUUAGCAAACUAGAAAUUUUGUUUUUAGCUAAAUGCUAAAUGUCUUUAGCUAAAUACUAAAAUUUUUAGCAAACUAGAAAAACUUUCUUUUUAAGUAAUUUCCUGUAACAUUGGGAACCAACACUGUGCUGAUUUCAGCAUUUCAGAUCAGGGAAGAAUUAACUAUGAUUUGUAGCCUAGUAUUCAUUGUUGAGAUUCAAAUGUGAAGAACAGAACAGUUGUUACGUGACAGCUGAGUAACAUUCCCUUCACAAAGAGUAAGAAUUGAGAACAGUGAAGAGAAUAGUUGAGAAUAUACUUCAAUAUGUUAUAUACUUAAGGCAUAUUUUUAUUACCCUGAACCAUACAUGCUAAAAUAGUUUCUAGCUAUUAAAUUUGGUGGGAGGAUUAUUGCUGUUAGAAUUUUUGUAUUUCUGAUUUAAUUAGUCUCUAAAGUAACCAUGGGCUGUAAUUUUAGCCCUUCUUAUACAUUGAAAGCCAAAUGCUCUUCUCAGAAAUAGCUGUUUUUACCUGCCUCUUACAGGUAACAGAUCAUUUCAGGGUACACUGUAAAUUAGAUGGAACAGUGGGAAAAAAGCAUAUAAAAAAAGAUGUUCCAAAGUGAGAAUUUUCUGUAAUAUGGGUUUUCUCCUAAGAUGAAUCCAUCCCAGCACAAUACGUAUUUUGAAAAGAUGCCAAAUUUAAAGGUACAGGUUUGCACUCAUUAUAAAUCAGGUUGCUCAGGAAAGGUGACAGUCAUUUGUCUUACAAUUUGGAAGGGUAAUCUCUCUAAGGUUUUUUUGGUAAGGCCCCUUUUGCUCCUGGGAAUGUGAAUAUUGUAAAGCAUGAAAUGCUAUCCCACACUCAUCGAUUUAUAGCCACGCCCCAGAGACAAAACCAUCUUUGAAAUAACAGAACCUUGAUGAGAUGUAGCUGCCUGUCUGAGGUCAGAAAACAAAGAGGCCGCUUCCCACCACAUGCCUGUUUAGAGAUUAAGUGAAGCUGCGAGGGACACUUUGUCGAUGCCUUAAGACCAGUGGCAGGGACUGGUGGGUGGUCUGGACGAGGCUGAUGGCACCAGUCCAUUUCAGUUCACCUUCGUACAGCACAAGUUGUUCAUUGUCAAGCCUCUUCCAGGAGGAUGAGAAACAUGGUGCUGGUAGCUGACUGUGUCUUAGGAGGUUGAGAAGGUCAGCGUCGCUGAGGCACACUGCCGUCUUCAAGCCUUCCUUAACUACCACUUGAACAUCUGUGUUCGUCUGCGCCAACUUGUUUUCAUGGCUUGUGUUUUACAUUUAUGUCUCAUUUGUUUCUUCAAAUACCAGGUUUAAUGUUGAUGUUAUGAGUAAUUUUUAAACCAAAGUAUUAUGUAAGUCUGUGCACUCUGUUUUCCUGGAUGGUUGGCAGUAAACACCAAUCUUGUCCUCUCAAUAAAGUCAUCCAUUUGUUAAGCCAGUGAA